UGACCAUGAUGCUGCAGUGUCCCAAACCAAUUCCACCAAAAAAGAGAAAGAAGCGCAAGAGCUCAGGCACAAACACUUCAAUGCAUUCUGCGUGGCUCUUCUCACGCAAGAAAAGAGUAAAGCGACCACCAAAGAAAAAGCAGCCUCAAAAGAGCAGCAGCCAGCCCGCUGAACCAUCAGUGGCAGUAGAGACCGAGGUAGUGAACAGUCACAAAGCUGCAGACUCUAUGUGCUCCAGGCUAGAAGGUGUUGGUAGCACAAAGAAAAAGCCGCCCGUGGCCACUGUUGGAGAAGUUGAGGCAACAUCCGACAAAGUUAUCCUCAAAGGCAUCAACCAAAAGCCUUCAUAUGCUGCCGCUGCCGACCAAGCUGUAGAAGAUUCAAAAUUUCACACAACGAAACCCCUCCAGCUUUCCACUGCUCCUUAUGCAAAGACAACCAGCUUCUUGCAAGAGGCUAUGUUGGACCUCGACAUGUUCACCGGCCUCAACAUUCUGGAUGUGUGUGGCUCUCACACUGAGAAUCUCAAGGACCUGAAGGCACGGAUAACGAACCGGAGCAUCACCAAAAACGAGGCUGUGGCAGAGAUUGCCCAGUCUGUGCACACCGCGGUCGUGGAAGAAUACUUCAAGCGCGAGCGUGCAGUCAGGACACUCAACCUUUUGGCCAGGAUACCGUUCUCGCUCGACCCUCUUGAGGUGCCCAAGAUACGUAAUGUCACUCAAUCCAUUGUGGAGCAGUCACAAGUGCGUGCCAAAGUCGAACCGGGUGAAUAGGUGAUGAUGAUAAUGCCAUGGACAUGUCUACGUAUAAGUGGUGUGUGUGUGACUCGGACCAAUCCAUUCCGUCCUCGCAUCCGUUGUGUGUGUGUCUUGCUGCUUGUUAUGUUCAUAAUGCCAAAGAUUGCCUUUGCCACUUAGUGUAUGCCAUGAUGUUGAUCUUAAUAAUAAACUUCCAGCAAAGGUUUCAUUUUCCUAAAA